CGGAAAUCGGAACUCGUUAGUCCUCAUUUUUUGGUUCAUCUUAUUAUGCAUAAAGUACUCGUCACCGGAAGGUAUUAUUGUGUGUAUGACGUUUACUUCUAUUAUUAUCUGAGAAUUUUGCUGUCCCAUUCAUUGACAUUGGUUAAUUCAGGCAUCUGGUUCCUGACCUUGGUAGGAACCUGUGAGCGAACUGGUACUAGCCUCUUGCUGUAGAUUAAAAUUUAUAGGCCUGUGUGGAUCUGGCCAUCUGGGUGGCGGGGGUGAGUAAUUAACGAGAGGAGUAGGAUUUUCUUAUUAGGUGCAAAAUUAGUGCAUUUCUUAGUUCAGGCUCCGUGCAUUUAUCUUUAACUGCUUCUCUCCCUUCUGUCCGAUUUGCCUAUGUUGUUGCAGGUUGGCAUCAGGUGGAAGCCAGGACGGAUGCCGCAGUACAGGGGGGUCUCAAACCCAUUGGUAUGCAAGAAUGCCAAUUCAUGAACGUGAAAGAGUGCCAUCAAGGCACAUGGCUAUAUCUCUCCGGCAAUUAUAGUUCAAGAGAAUGCCGGGGUUGAAAUUGGACUUCGUCCAUUUCCUUCACCCUGUUAACAGAUGAUGUGGGUUCUCCAUAUCCUAAUUGGGGUUGGACUCCAGGCUUGGUUUAAUAAUAAAAGGUGGAUGAAAGCACAAAGUCUGCAUUGGUUCAAACUGUGAAAGCCAACAGUCUUUAACCACGGAAAAGAAGAAAACCAAGCUAAUAAGUGGCUUCCUAAUUGUUGGCAAAGUAGCUCUUCGUCGCAGCUUCUUGCUAGCUAUUAGCUAUGGGUUUGCAUGGCAUGACAUGACAUGACAUGACAUGAUGCUCUCUACACACAAUUGACCUUGGAUUUGGGACCAGGUGGGUAUUGGAGUUGGGAUCGAUGCCAGUCUAAUGGAUGCUGCUGCGAAUUCCUAUUGACGUUGUGCCAGAUAUAACUCCGCCUGUGUAUUAGGUUUCAAUGCUUAUGCCUUGCACAGCCGGUCCCAAGCCCGGAUAAAGGAGGAGGGAUGCUUGUCUUUUGUCUUCUGUUUGAAAAGUCGCUGCUCCAUGUUGCUUAGUCGAUUGGUGCAAUCGUAUGAAGCGUGUAAGAACCCUUACAAACUCCUCUCUUGGACUUGGGUUCGCAAUUUGCAUUAUGGUAAAUCAGAUUAGAUCGAAAUAGGGGCCAAAAUGUGUUAACCACUUGAGAGAUCCUUGUAGCUUUCCAUACGGGAAGAGUUUCCAGCCAUGACAAUUUAUAUGCAUUGCUCUAUGGUUCGUUUCAUUUGAGGCAGUGGUACUGUAGAGCUCUUACUACCUUCACAUUGUAAUUGUAAUCAUAUAAGGUGGUUAAAUGGUUUGUUUAAUUCAGGAGUUGCUCCUCACUCGAAUAUGCUCCAGCAAAAGAGCCUGUAAAAUAAUGAAAAGAGGGUACCUAGUGGGCGGAAAUUGCUAUUAAAGCUCUUUUUUCUUUUGCUUGUCUUGUCUUGUCCUUGUUCUUUCUCUUUUGCGUCUUGCUGGCGAUUGUCUUAUUUAUCUUUGGAGGACAAUGUAAGUUACUACAAUUUUCUAGUUCAUUCGUCACCGAAGUGGCCGUAAAGCUCUACCAAAUAGUGGAGGGGGUCGGCAAUGCUGAAAACCAAACAUAGCAAUGGCAUCUUCAAGACCAAGAAGAGCGAUUGGUCACUCCCAGCAUUGUAAAAUGGUGGAUCUCGGAUCCAGUUCUGGGUACAGUUCUCCUCGACGGCUCUGCGGUUUUCUUCUUCUGGCCGGUGCACCAUCAUUCUAUGGAGUCGUCAGUGUUCGGAGUAGUGACUCUGCUUCCUCCAUCGUUUCUCUGGCCAAGGACCAUGUGUGGCAAAGGUUGAAGGCGGCGCUGGAUCGGUGAAGGGGAAUGUUGUUGGCAGCCUGCUUCUUGUGAUGAUUGGGCCGCUGGGUUAGGGUUGCUAGGGUGGGCUAGUCCAAUUAUUUGGACCGGGUUUGGGCUUUUUUGGCUUCGGACCUUUGUUGGCCCACUGUUAGCUCUCUUUUUCAGUUGGUUUUUUCCUUCGUUUCAGUGUUAUUGUAACUCUGUACACUGUGUUUCGUACAAUGAAACGACCAACCUAACGUUAAAAAAAAUAUGUAAAAUGGUUUGAAGUAUGUCAAAGUACAACAAGAUAAAAAACUCCCACAAUUGCUACUUGAAAAAGGUUAAAACCGUCGAAUUUCAAUGAGAGAAUUGUGUAGCUAAUGCUGAAUCUCGUCGGACCGCGAUUGAGGAAGAGAGAGAAACACAAAGGAACCAUGAAGAAAAGAUGCAAAUUUUGAUGGAAAAGCACAACAGACGAUCUAAAAGAAAGCGACUGAAAUGCAUAACAGUGAGGAUAGAUAUAAAGUAUGAACGGAAAAAAUCCAUAUAUAAAUUCUGGUAAUUGAUACAAAUAUUGUUUUUUUUUAAUUUACCACCAAUAUGACGGUUUUAAAAGUAUUAACACAAAUAUUGUGUAUUUGUGUAGGUUAAAGAUGGUGUCCGCCCGAGACUCAGGCGGGGCUGCUUUUUGAAUUUUUUACCCGAUUCACAGGCGGUGGCACCUGAGACUCAAGCGGCCCAGCCUUCUCCCUCCUUUUUUUUUACUUCCCUCGUCCGACGCCCCAUAUCUUAUCUUCUUCUUCCUCUUUAACAAACCAACAACCACCCACCACUCCUCCCUCUUCUCGCUUGAUCCCCAGCGCCCAAUGUAGUUAAACUAUAGUUUUUAUGUAUAAGCAAAAUGAUGGGUACAAACUUAAGCGUAAAAGCGGAGCGUAAGAACGUAAGUUUAUAUGAACCAUUGAAAUUGUAAAAAAGCAACUUAAAAGACUAAUAGGAUCCACACACAGAAAAUUGGAAAAGAUUUUGAACAAGAGUACAUUCUAACUCAGAACAAGUUCAUAAACAUAGAAAAAGAGUUGAAUCGUACGCUAAUAUGAAUCAUAACUCUGAAAUAUUCAUAUUAUGGACAUCACAAGCCCCCCAAAAAAUUGAUCAUGAUUUAUGCUACAUUUGGGCAGUAACGUCCACAUUUCCAUCCAAAUCAUAUCAUCUUAAUUACCGCCAUCAUCAUAGUUGUUAUUGUCACUAACAUCAUGUUCCUCAUAAAUACAUCAAUCAUCAUUCAUGUUAAAAGAAUCAUUUUGAAGCCAGCGGCAUGAUCACUUUAGUUUUUUCAUCCACAAAAAAUCAUUUGACCAUCGCACGACGUGCCAAAUCGCUCCAUAAACAUUAUCAUUAAAAGCUCUUAUAAGCGUCCUAAAAGCUAGCUUUUAAGGAUUUUUUAUGCACAUAUUGUGGUUUUAAAGAGUUUAUAUUAAGCUUAUGGUGUCAAAAGAUUUUUCAAAGAAAAUUACUAUAUUGGA